AUGAGCAUCCAGUUCCUGUACGAAGAUGGAAAAGGCACUGUGGUUGACGAGGAAGGCCAGCCACAGCCAAUGGAGGCAGUGAUUGACGAUGAGCAGCAAGAACUGAGUCCCUCCCCAGAAGCAUCUGUCACGACCAGUGGCAGUGGACAAGCCAAUGGCGAUGAUGCGGACGACGACGAUGAUACCAAUACGGAUGGGAACAAAGGGUCAAGAACCAAGCGUCGCUAUACACUUUACGAGAACCAGGAUAAAGUCAAAUUCUUCAAGUUGAUCUUUGAAAAGUCGCUGAGUGCUUCUGCGGCGGCCAAACAAUUGGGCGUGCACGUUCGAACCGCUCAACGGUGGGCGAAUCAAUACGAAAAGGACCGUGACAAGGUGUUUAAAAAACGAAGAAAGACCGGCCGUCCUCGUUUACUCAAUGACGAACAUCGAAAGGCGAUUGUGGAAUUCGUUGAAAACCAUCCGUCCGUCUCUUUAGACCAAGUAUUGGAUCAAUUAAAACAAUCGUUUCCGGAUCUCAAAGUGUCGAAAAGUACGGUGUAUGAUUUCAUUCGAAAUCGGUGCAAUUUGUCGCUCAAAAGGGCCCGCAUUCAGCCCGCGGAUAAGGAUAAUGAAGAAAAGCUUCGAGAACGACUGGAAUGG